GUACUACGCGCAGAGGGAGAGAGGGAGAGGUCUCGCAUAGUACCCCCUUCGAUUUCGAAAAGAAAAAAACAAGCACACACAUAAAUACGAAGAAAAAAAUAAAAAAUUAAACCGAGAAAAAAACAGCAGAGAGAACAGAUUUAUAGACAGAGAGAUUCUUGAAGCAGAAUCGCUCGCUCUCAUGGCUAACAUUUCCAACGAGUUGUUAUCUUUUAGGGCAAAUUUCAUUUCCUUUUUGUGAUUUCCAAAAAAAAAAAAAACCCUAGGAGAGAGAGUGUGCAAUUAGGUCGUCACUAAUUGUCUCAAAGCCGUGUCCUAGCUUAUUAAUUUCGUAAUUCAGAAUUUGACAGUUUGUUAAAUUGAUGGGAGGAGGGAAAGGCUUCUAGCCACCAAAGUAGGAAUGCAUGGAUGUGGUUCAGGAUAUGCUCUCCUAGUAAAUGCUGAGGUUGAUUCCAUGGGUGGGGUUGUUGAUGGUGGAGUUGGUAUUGCUACCAAAACCUCUCCGCGGCGAGCAGCAAUUGAGAAGGCCCAGGUGGAACUUAGACAAGAGUAUGAUGUUCGUGAGGAACGGAGAAGGGAGCUAGAAUUUCUUGAGAAAGGCGGCAAUCCUUUGGAUUUUAAAUUUGUAAAUGCAACUUCGGUCAGUGUCCAGUCUACUUCACUCACAGAUCAUCACGUUGAACAGUUUGUUACUAGUGAAGCAAAAGGCAGUUUUCCACUGACUGCAUCACCUCAUGGGGAUUCUGUAGAAAGUAGUGGCAGACCAGGGGCUACUCCAGUUUGUGAGCCCAAUAGUGCUGACAAUUUUGAUGGUGAAAAUGAGUUACUUGAAGUUGAAAGGAAACGUAAACAUCCUAGUAGGAGGAAUAAUGUCACUCAAUCAGAGCAGUCUUCACAGAUGGAUGGAAUUCACAAUGCCAAGGAAUCAGAAGAUUCUGCUAUUUUUCGGCCAUAUGCUCGAAGGAAUAGGUCCAGACCAAAUCGUGACGGCGCGCGAUCAAGUUCAACUGAUAUUGUUCAGAGUUCAGUUGGCCAUGGAUCCUCUUUACCGGCUCGUGGGGAUGCAAGGGAUGUGAAAGGGUUGGUAACUGAAACAGACGAUCAUAAAGCCCAGAUUAUUACUUCCAUCUCUAAUCCAAAGUCCACCACUUCAAACGGUGACCUGUUUUUUCAGAUAGACACUUCCAAUACACAGUCAAACACGGAGCUUGAUUGUGUGCAGGCUCUGAAAACAGUAGUCAACCUGCCUGAUGAUAGGUUGGAUGUUACAGAGUCCAUUGUCUUGAGGGAUAACCAACAUGACCGACCUUCAGAAGCUGAUGCUGAGAAAGCACCCAAUGAUAUUGCUUCCAGGGAAUGCGAUCAUGGUGGAGGAAAAGAGCUGGUUAUUUCAGCUGGUCCUGAAUGUCCCCCUUGUGCUGAAUCAGCCAAGACUGAGAAUGAAACUGGUCCUGCUCUGCUCAAUGGCUUGGAAAAAGAUGGAAAUGAAGGUCAAAAUGGUAAUGCAGCAAUGGGAACGAAACGAUUCAAUUCAGAGUCCUCUUGCACCCAAAAUAGCUUAAGCCUGGAUGCAAACAAUGGCUGUGAUCCAUGUGAUAAUCGUAGAAAUGAUGACACCAAUGAAAUUCUUUUGAAAGAAUCAUCAGAAUUUGAAGGAACACGAAGUUUACCAUCGGGUAAUAUAGGAAAUGAAAAGAAAGAGACUAACUCUAUCUCUGCAAUCAAUGAUGGUUCUGUGCAUGAAAACUACUCUGGCAAUGAUUCUACUGUCAAAAAUGAGGAAGAAAGGAGAACAACUUUUCACUCUCAGGUGAAGUGUACUAAUCUUGAAGGUGUGGAACAAAAUGACCAUGUUGCCUCUGAGGCUGAUACAAAGGCGGGCAACAUGUUGGCUGAUAGUUCUAAUUCCAACAGGGAAAUAAUUUACCCCAGUGGUCCCCAGGGCUCUUUGGAUCCUCCUGUUCAAGAGCUUCCUCAGCCUAUUUUGUUAGAGAAAAACUCUUUUGUUGCCACUGAUCCUCAAUCUUGUUCGAAUACACAUGUUAAAGUGGUAGACAAGUCUCAUGAAGAUUCUAUUUUGGAAGAGGCACGGGAUAUAGAGGCUAAGCGCAAGAGGAUUGCAGAAUUAUCUGUUGCAUCUGUGCAUUCAGAGAAUCGCCGGAGAUCUCACUGGGAUUUUGUCCUUGAAGAAAUGGCAUGGCUGGCAAAUGAUGUUGCACAGGAGCGUCUCUGGAAGAUGACUGCUGCUGCUCAAAUAUGUCGACGGAUUGCUUUUACUUCUCGAUUGAGAGUUGAAGAGCAGAAUCAUCAUUUGAAGCUAAAAAACAUCGCUUACAGUCUUGCUAAGGCUGUCAUGCAGUUCUGGGAUUCAGCAGAGGUGUAUCUAAGUAACAAUUGUCACAGUGUUGGUUCAAAGAAUGGGAAGCAUGAGGUGGGGAUGUUUGUUGGGAAUGAAUUUUCUGUCAACAAGUUUGGAGAUAUUGAUAAGGAGCAGGUGGCAUGCAAAGAGUUAGAGAAACAAAAUCCUGCCAAAAACAUUGCGCAUUCCAUUCAUGGAUAUGCUGUAAGGUUUUUGAAAUAUAACAGUUCUCCAUUUCCUUCCUUUCAAGCAGAAGCACCAGCAACUCCUGAUAGAAUAGCUGAUUUGGGCAUUGUGGACACUUCAUGGGAUGAUCGCCUUACUGAAGAAAGCCUGUUCUACGCAGUUCCCUCAGGUGCCAUGGCAAUGUACAGAUUGUCCAUUGAAUCUCAUAUUGCGCAGAGUGAGAAAACUCGCAGUAGCAUGCAGGAGGAAGUCGAUACAUCCAUGUAUGACACUCCAGCAGAUUUUGGAUAUCAUGAUACUGCUGCAUACGAUGAGGAGGAAGGAGAAACAAGUGCUUACUAUAUGCAUGGAGUCUUUGAAGGUAGCAAGUCAGCAAAACAUGACCAAAAGAAACGGAAAAGCUUAACAAAGUCACCCUCUGCAAGAUCUUAUGAUCUGGGAACUGAUUCACCUUAUGGACACUACACCACUGGGCCACAACAAAAUGUAUUGAUGGGGAAAAGACCUGCUAGUAAUCUUAAUGCUGGCUCAAUCCCAACAAAACGCAUGCGUACUGCUUCUAGACAGAGGUUUACAAGUCCUUUUACUGCUGGAACUGCUGGGGUUUUACUCCAGGCUCCAGUGAAGACAGAUGCAUCGAGUGGAGAUACCAAUUCUUUUCAGGAUGAUCAGAGUAUUUUGCAUGGUGGGUCACAAAUUCAGAAAAGUGUGGAGGUUGAGUCCGCUGCGCAUUUCGAAAGGCAGUUACCAUAUGACUACGCAGAGACAUCAACAAAACCGAAGAAGAAGAAGAAGGCAAAGCACCUGGGUUCUGCUUAUGAGCAGGGGUGGCAGUUGGAUUCUACUGGUCAUAAUGAACAGAGGGAUAAUUUCAAAAAGAGAUUGGAGAGUCAUCAUUUGGACUCUAAUGGAACCAGUGGUUUAUAUGGGCAACAUACCACAAAGAAGCCAAAGAUAUCUAAGCAAUUGCUAGAUAAUACUUUUGACAACAUGGUUCAAAUGACCGGGUCCAUCCCAUCUCCAGCUGCUUCCCAGAUGAGUAAUAUGUCAAACACAAAUAGAUUCAUCAAAUUGAUUGGUGGCAGGGAACGAGGCAGAAAAAAUAAAUCAAUGAAGGUACUCCCUGGUGAAGUCGUAGCUGAUCAUGUGAUGUCUGUUGGGCAGCCAGGUUCUGGAAGUCCCUGGUCACUUUUUGAAGACCAGGCUCUUGUUGUUCUUGUGCAUGACAUGGGUCCUAAUUGGGAGCUUAUAAGUGAUGCUAUCAACAGCACUGUUCAAUUCAAGUGUAUAUUCCGCAAGCCUAAAGAAUGCAAAGAUCGUCACAAAAUCUUAAUGGAUAAGGGUGCUGGUGAUGGGGCUGAUAGUGCUGAGGAUUCAGGAUCUUCUCAAUCCUACCCAUCAACUUUGCCUGGCAUUCCAAAGCAGGGCAGUGCCAGACAGUUGUUUCAACAUUUGCAAGGGCCGAUGCAAGAGGAUACCCUGAAGUCUCAUUUUGAGAAAAUCAUCAUUAUUGGGAAGAAACAUCAUUACAAAAGGAGUCAGAAUGAAAACCAGGAUCCCAAGCAAAUAGCAGCAACUCACAAUUCUCAUUUUAUUGCUCUUUCCCAAGUUUGCCCAAACAACUUAAAUGGAGGUGUCCCAACGCCCCUUGAUCUCUGUGAUUCAAGCACUUCAAAUCCAGAUGUUCUUCCCAUUGUGUAUCAAGGCUCUCAUGCUAGCAAUCUGGUAAUGCCAAACCAAGGUGCUGUUGCAUCAACGCUUCCCACUUCUGGUGCCAUCUCUUCUCUGCAAGGAUCUUCUGGCGUGGUUCUUGGCAAUAACUCAUCAUCACCAUCUGGUCCCCUCAAUGCACCUCAUAGAGAUGGUAGAUACAAUGUUCCAAGGACAUCUUUACCAGUUGACGAGCAUCAAAGAAUGCAACCCCAUCAAAUGUUACAUAGUAGAAACUUGCAGCAGUCUAACAUGUCGGUUUCUGGGGCUGUCUCUGGAGCUGAUCGUGGUGUUCGCAUGUUAUCAAGUGGAAAUGGUAUGGGCAUGAUGCCAGGGAUGAACAGAAGCAUGCCACUGCCACGGUCAGGAUUUCAAGGAACAGCCUCUUCAUCAAUGCUGAAUUCUGGAAGUAUGCUUUCUAACAAUGUGGUUGGGAUGCCAAGCCCUGUGAAUAUGCACACUGGUUCUGGUCAAGGGAACUUGAUGAGACCUCGCGAGGCUUUGCAUAUGUUGAGGCUUGGCCAUAAUCAUGAGCAUCAAAGACAAAUGAUGGUACCAGAGCUUCAGAUGCAGCCAACACAAGGGAACAACCAAGGAAUUUCUGCUUUCAACGGGGUGCCUACUGCUUUUGCUAAUCAGACAACUACUUCACCUGUGCAGACAUAUCCAGGCCAUCCCCAGCAGCAGCAUCAAAUGCCUGCACAACAGUCCAAUAUGCUUAGCAAUCCUCAUCAUCCUAAUCUCCGUGGCCCCAAUCAGGCUACAGGUUCACAGCAUCCAGCAUAUGCUAUGCACCUGCCUAAAGGAAGGCAAAUGCAGCAGCGGCUUCUCCAGCAGCAGCAACAGCAGCAGCAGCAGCAACAGCACUUUUCUGCAUCUAGUGCUUUGAUGCCCCAUGUCCAACAUCAAUCCCAACUUCCCAUAUCAUCAUCUAUGCAAAAUAGUUCUCAAAUCUCAUCACCAUCUGCAUCGCAGCCGGUGUCACUACCUGCUAUAACUCCCCCUUCCCCAAUGACUCCGAUUUCAAUGCAGCAGCAACAGCAGCAGAAACACAACUUGCCACAUCAUGCGGUCAGUCGGAGCCCCCAAAGUGGUUCCAGUGGGUUGACCAAUCAGAUGGGAAAGCAGCGACAACGGCAACCACAGCAGUUUCAACAAUCUGGCAGACAUCACCCUCAACAACGACAACACUCACAGUCUCCACAGCAGGCUAAACUUUUGAAGGGAAUGGGGAGAGGGAACAUGGUGGUGCACCAGAACCUUCCCAAUGAUCACUCUCCUUUGAAUGGCCUUUCUGUGCCUCCAGGAAACCAUGGUGUAGAGAAAGGAGAGCAAAUCAUGCACUUGAUGCAGGGUCAAGGCUUGUAUUCUGGGACUGGGUUGAGUCCAAUUCAUACAUCUAAACCAUUGGGUCCUUCACAAUCUCCAAACCAUUCUCAGCCACAGCAAAAGCUAUAUUCGGGCCCUACAACCCCUUCAUCAAAGCCACUCCAGCAAAUGCCUUCUCAUUUGGAAAGUAGUACUCAAGGCCAGGUCCAACCAGUACCCUCUGGUCAAACACUAACAGCUACUCACCAGAACACUCCAGUUAUGGUUCCCAGUCAUCAGCAUCUUCAACAAUAUCCACAGCCACAUCAGAAGCAGGUUAGUCAACCUCAACCAACUGUUCAGAGAAUGCUUCAACAGAGUCGUCUGUUGAAUUCUGAUCUGCCAACAAAGCCUCAAACUGAUCAGGGCCAUGCUGAUCAGCAAACUUCAAACAACAUCUCCCAGACAGGAACAAGUACAUCCACAGGGAUGCCUUUGGCCUGUAAUGAGACAUCUAAUGUGGCACCAGUUGUAUCUUCUGUUUCUGAGACGCAGUGGAAAUCAUCAGAACCAUCCUUGCAUGAUUCUGGCAUGGCAGAUACAGCUUCUAAGGUAGGUCCUAUUGGUAGCCCCCCCCUUACGAGUGCAGCUGGGAGUGAGCAAGUGGUGCCUGUCAGCCAAGGUUCAGUCCACAGGCAGUUAUCAGGAGGCUUGCCCCUGCAUUGCCAUAAUGGUGGGACACGGUGGCAACACCAACAACCACAUCAAUCAACAGCAUCGCCUUCCCCAUGCCAGCAACUUUUGCAGUCACAAGAGCCACAACUACAGCAAGAACGACAACAAUCACCUCAACAGCUGCCACCACAGCAGCCGACUCAGAAGCAGACACAGCAUCUUCAAUCAGGACAAGGCAAUUUAUACAUCACGCCAAGCAAUUCUGGUCUGGAAUGAAGCAAUUUGGUGGAUUGAGCAGUUCCGGAAGCAGUCAGUACUUCUGGGGUUGGGUUUGCAUGCCCUAAUGGCAGCUGUGUACAGGCAAUUCAGUUACUUUAGUUAAGAUGAGCACAAUCUAAUGCUGCCGUGGGUUUCAUGCAGAUGAAGCUUGGUUGCUUCAUAGGGGCAAUGAAAAAUGGAAAGAGGUGGAUCUGUUGGUAAAGAGAUCUUUACGGGAGUUUUUUUGUCCUUUUGAUUUAUUGGGUUAUUUGGGGGAAAUCUUGUAAAUUAUCACCGGUUUAGAGCUUUGGGAAGAUGGAGACAGAUAUAGAGGUAUGUGUACAGGGUCUCAUCUCGCCAUUUCUUGUACCUCCCCCCUCCCUCCUUUGUCUGGUUAUGUGCAGAGGGGCCCGUUUCUUUUUGUUUGUGCCCCUGUAGAUUAGUCAGUGCAUGUGUUAUCACACUCUUUCAGAUUAAGUUAGUAGCUCUCAUUGUUAUGGGCAAAGCCUUCAGAAAUUUUGUGAAUACAAAGUCUCUGGUGUAUACCCCCUAGUAGUCCAUGCUGCUCUGCUCUGCUCUGCUGUUAGAAUGGUAAAAAUCUCCUCCUAUCAAAAUAUUGUAACUGACUUGUAUUUUGCAGCAAACCUAGAUGAUAUCUGAUCCCUCUCCUGCUCUUCAUGUUAAA